UUUUGCGACGAUUCUAAACAUUAAUUCUGCUGAUAAAAUAAUUAUAACGAUCGAAAGUUAUGAAAACAGAUAUAUAAACUCGUGGAUGGAAAUAAAAUGGAGCGGUUGUGCCUAAUUCAUGGCUUUUGAUGAUGACUUAUGACAGUGAAGAUAUCAUCGACAGAAAUAUUUUACAGUAGGUAAUUGCAAGUCAUCAAGUUCGAGGAAAUGAUUAAACGCGGUAUAUAUUGACACCCCACUCUCAUAGAGCUCCAGUUGUCGUGUGACCGAUGCACGAGUCGGUGAAAUAAUUCCUCAAGAAUUUAUGUGUAUAACAAUGGAGACUCAAAGUGUACUGAUCAAUACUGGAAACAUACUGUCUUCGAAUGAAUUGAAAUUGAAAGUGGGACAGAACACAAACGAGGAGCUCGUGGAAGCGUUGAAAAUUACUUUGAAAGACUCUCAGGGUAAGAAUGAAGCCUUAAACAUUAUCAAUGGAGCCGAUCCUGGAAGUUUGGAAGAUCGAAAGGAACUGAAAAUCACUGUAAAAAUAUUCAUGCCCUCGGCCGAUCCAGAGUUAUUGGGCACUGCCAUAGAUCAAAGUUUCAAGGUGUUCGAUACGGAUCGUAUCGAAACCCUGAUUCUUGCGUACGGAGAGGCCAGGAACACUGAGAAUGAACUGGAACAACUCCAGAAACUUUGGCCUGUUGUUGAAAAAUACGUGAACGCUGGAAAAAUCUGUCAUGUUGGUUUCAGUAACGUUGAUGCUGAUGUUUUCAUUAAAUUGUACGAGUGGGCCACGGUCCGACCAAGUAUUGUCCAAAUAAAUCUCGCCACUUGUUGCGUGGUUCCACCGGCCCUUCAAGCAUUCACCAAGGAGCACGACGUCCAGCUCUUAACACACAACGAUCCGUACCAACUUUUGGGGAAAGACUCACUGGCUGAUGUCUUCGGACCCUCUGUCAAACUUCAAUGGGUCGUUAAAUAUCAAGUACAUGUCAAAUGUCGAGGGGUUUUAACUGUAAAAGGGUAUUUAGUUCAAUGUGAGAAAUGAUAGAUACAAGGGUGCUCCUAUUAUUUUGAAUUUUUACACCAUAGAUUGAAUUUAUUUUUUGAAACUUUGUGCUGUUUUUAUUCCUUUUAA